CUCUCGACUCCAGCAGCCGAAAAGGAGACCGUCAGCUCAUCGCCCUCCGAGGCCAAGCGAAUGAGGCUUCUCGACCUAUCUGACCGUUUUGAGACGCCCAGCCAUCCGCCGGGUCCAGUAGUGUCGAGUUCUGACGCCGCCACAGAUCUUCAGAAAACCCUUCUCGUGCCUGAUAGUGAAGACUCUGAAUUCACGCAGCCCAUGAUCGACGGCUCCCGUUUGACCGGAUUGCCAUCCGUUCAGAGCAAGCGAAGUAACUUAAGCGUUCUCCAUUUAUUUCUAAAGAAUCUAGCCGUUCAUUAG